AUGUCCUUUCGUAAACUGUCAGUCAAUAUUCUUCCUCUUAAAGAGUCUUUGUCUAAUGACAAGGUUGCAGACAUGUUCAGCAGACUGCUUCAGACUCAACCUCAGAUAGAACACUUUGUUGUAGAUAAACCACUUGAUGGUUCUAUUAUUGCCUUUCUACUUCAACCAGGCGAGAUGAUGGCAUCAGAUGGCUAUGGAUGGAUGGAUGAUGAUUCUUUAACCAGAGUUACUCUAGAUAAUGGCAUUGAAAUGGAGAUUUUUACUAGGAAACUUGGAUUUAGUCCAAAUGAGACUUGUGUAUCCAUCAAGCGUUCAAGAUAUCGUCUUGUAGCCAACCCUAUGUUAAACCUUGUUCACUAUCUUGCUGUACCACAAGAUGCAGCAAUGAAAGUGAUCCCACAUGCUAUCAAGGCUAUGCCUCGCGCAUCCAUCAUGACUGCACCUCAGCGACAGCAGGCAUAUGUGCCCGAUUCUUCACAUGCUGGAUCAGGUAAUUAUGCUGCAAAACGUACAGGAGAUGAUCCACAUAAUUCGUCCUAUUAUGCUCGUAAACGGCCACGAGCACAACCCCAGGCACGACUUGUAUCUCAAGUAAAAGUGAUUGAAGAAGAAAAAGACUUGUCAGGAGACGAGUUGGAUCAGGGCUACACCAGAGUCAUAUCUCUUGAAAGAUACAAGCGCAAUCAUAUGUUUAUUGAUCUGCUAUUUUCUCCAUAUAGUGCAUCUGCUAUCAGAGAAUCAAAGCAGUUUCCAGGCAUUACACCAGAACACAUUCAACAAAUGAAACUUCAUUUGGAAAAGUCGGAAAAGGACUUUGAUGAUACACGAAAUCAGUAUUUAAAAGAAAUCGAAGAGAUCAACAAGGCAGCAACAGCCGAAUGGAAGUGUAUUGAAGAGAUUCGACACGUACGCACUGCAAAGGACUUGGAUGUGCUACAGGAAAAGGCACAGAGGCGACUUGGAACAAAGUUGGUACCUAAAGGACCUACAGUAACUAUAGUGAAUCUUGAUCAUUCCACAAGCCCACUAAAGACCACUACAUCGACAAUGUUAAUGCCUGUAAAGUCAGAUCAUACAUGAAUGAAUUCAGUUUAAAUCUUGGC